AUGGCUGAGCGAGAGGACCUUUGGGCCGGGUUGCGCAAGGAUAAGGAAGCGUCGGUGCCUUGGUUUAUUGUAGGGGAUUUUAACGUAAUUACGGGAGAGGAGGAAAAGAAAGGAGGGGUGCCGGUUAGACCUUGGGAAGGGAUUGAGUUGCUAUCAUUUAUGUCCAUGCUGAACUGGCAUGUGGAGUUUGUGGAGGACCCCCUGUACGUGUUGGCAGCUAAAUUGUGCCGAGUUAAAAAGGCUCUUAAGGUGCACGAGGAUAUGUUUUGGAACCAAAAAGCCAGGGCGGCAUGGUUGAAAGAUGGGGAUAAGAAUACCAGAUUCUUUCAUGCAUGUGUGUCUGAACAGAGGAGGAAGUCUGUGAUCCAUCGGAUAAGAUCGCAAUGCGGGGAGUGGCUGGAAGAGGAGAACGACAUCUCUAAGGAGACAGAGGUUGUUGGAAAGAAUGUUUCUGUGAUCCAUCGGAUAAGAUCGCAAUGCGGGGAGUGGCUGGAAGAGGAGGACGACAUCUCUAAGGAGACACUUGCAAAGAGAUUGGCGAGGGUUUUGCCGUUCUUGAUUUCAGAUAGCCAGAGCGGAUUUGUUCAGGGUCGACAACUUUUUGAUAACUUUUUGUUGGCCCAAGAGCUAGUUUCCGGCAUUCGGAGGCUGAAUAGAGGAGGUAAUUGGGUCCUUAAGCUAGAUAUGGAAAAGGCCUACGAUAGGAUAAAAUUGAGCGCCCUUUGUAAGCCGGUAGAGGAGGGUGGCGUGGGGAUACGGUCGUUACAGUCGGUCCAUGACGCUUUUUCAAUGAAAUUAUGGUGGUCGUUUCGACAAAAUGUGUCCUUAUGGGCACGAUUCAUACAAGGGAAAUAUUUGCGUGGGGGUCAUCCUUGUGAAGUUGAACAAGUUUGGGGGCAAUCCCCCAUAUGGCGAAGGAUGGUGAUGGUCAAAGACCUAGCGGAACAGCAUAUUAGAUGGGUCUUGGGGAAUGGGGAAGUGGAUUACUGGCAUGAAAUUUGGAUAGGGUCUGGGCUUGUGUACGAUAAAGUGGAGUUUUUUGGGGUGCAUUCAAUGGCGAGUUUUGUUGUCCAAAGCCGGUGGAGCAUAAAUCUGUUACAGCAAUGGCUGCCGCGAGUCAUUGUGUCAGAAAUCUUACUUAUUCCUCCUCCUGUAUCCCGACGGCUGGAUCGCAUGGUAUGGGACUUAAGCUCAUCGAGUUCAUUUUCAGUUUCUUCGGCUUAUCAAGUGGUGAGCCAACCUGCACCUAGGUCAUUCUUUUUGGCAAAUACAUGGCAUUCGCUGAUUCCUGCGAAACUUUCCUUCUUUAUGCUAUGUUUGCUAGAGUCCCGACUACCAGUUAUGGAUGUUCUUUACCUUUUUCAAGUACAGGGUCCAUCUCGUUGUUGGUGUUGUAAAGAGCUGGGGGUAGAGAGUCUAGACCAUAUUUUUUACACCGGAGAGAUCCCAUCACUGGUUUGGCAGUCUUUUGAAGAGGUUGACGGAGGCCUCGACCCAGCUUAUAUGGUGCGACAUGUGCUGGCAAAAUGGUGGUUACGGAUUACAACGAAAUCCACCUUGAAGCUUAUCUAUCGAAUUCUUCCUUGCCUAGUGUGUUGGCACCUAUGGAGGGCUAGGAACUCAGUGCUAUUCGAAGGCAAAAGGGUGACGACAGAAGUGGCCAAGAGGGAUAAACGUAGUAGGAUUUCCAAGCAGAAAUGGAGCGGGUCGCCGUUCAUGAUCCCAAAGUUGAAUGUGAAUGGUUGCUAUCGGGACAACCCGGGAAGGGCAGGCGGGAGUGGUAUUCUAAGGGAUCCAUUGGUUGCUUUUGCUAAUGCUGUUGAUGUAGCUAAAAGUUUGCAGGCAGGCUUGAAGGCAGUGAUUGAAAGGGUGAGGCUUUGUGUACAACAAGGUUUUGCGGACGUGCACGUGGAGUCAAAUUCUUGGCUCGUGGUUUGA